CUCGACUAUACGAAGCUCUUUCCGCUGCAACUUCGGUGCGGUACGGUGAUUUCAUUCGUGUUUGACCGGCGUGUGACAUGGCCGUCUCAUUACGGACUAGUGGCUUGUUUUUGCUAUUAUUUUUAAUAAUAAACACGUGCGCCGUGUCUCCCCCAUGGAUAUUAUCGGUGGUGAAAGAGUGUGUGGAUGAUAAAUGUGGAAUUAAAGUGUUAAGUUCGGAUGUUGUGGAGUGGUCAUUGACCGGUCGACGGGGCGACAGAGGAGAGGUCUGCUCACCGCCGUUUUAUUACACACAGAAGUCGUCGGAGGCGGUGGUGGAUGUUCCAAAUGAGAAGUUGUACUUUUGUGCGAAAGGGGUCGACGGUGCGUGGCUCCAUCAAGGCGAUGAGAUCUACCUGUCUGCGGAUGACGUCACCCCCAUACGGUUCGAAAAUGAGAUCGAAGAAGCGUUACAGAGUGGCGAGAUAAACAUCGUAGACAACAGUAUUGAAACCGUCGAAACCGACGACAAAUUCAGUCUGCAAAACGAUGUGGCAGUCAACAAGAACGCCGAAAUUGAAGACAUGUCAGAAGUGGAGAUCUCCAGAACGAAACGUCAAGUAGAAAACGAGACUGACAGUACAGUGGUAACUGAAGCUGCUAUACCCGUUACAAACUCUGUGGCGAAUGAGACUAGUCUAGGCCCUAAAAGGGUUAAUGUGACACCUAGUGGACCCGUCAGAUUGAUGGGACUCAGAGUAGAUGAAGCAGCAAAAGAACCAAAGGUGGUAGACGGAAUGAUACCCAGUGUGUUGAGAGAGACGAAGUUCUUGUUGAGAUUGUUUGGUGAAGGGUUCACGAAUAAUACUGAGAUUGCAUUUACGCAUUACCCAGAAGCUUAUGGGACCAACUGCCAUUUUCUAUUGAACGGUGUUUAUAAGGUAACUUCAGCAGAAGAAGAUUCUGCAAUCCUGGACAUGACAGCCCCACCGCCUUUAGAGGGCUACAAAUUCUACAUUUGCGCGCGAAAUUCUCCAAACGACGAGUUUGUCCAUCAAGGCAACGAAGACUGGAAGAUUUUGGCGACGCACAACAAACUGUUGCCGCUUUGGGCUUCUCUGGUGCUGAUCGUGAUUCUCCUGAUGCUUGCCUCUCUCUUCUCUGGUCUGAACCUUGGUCUGAUGGCCUUAGAUCGCACAGAAUUGAAGAUCAUAGCCAACACAGGAUCGGAGAAGGAAAGAAAGUACGCCAGAGCGAUCAUGCCAGUGCGUGCACAUGGAAACUAUCUUCUAUGUACAAUUUUGUUGAGUAACGUGGCUGUGAACAGUACAUUUACGGUUAUCCUGGACGAUUUGACGUCAGGUCUUGUGGCUGUUAUAGGAUCCACUUUGGCUAUCGUGUUUAUUGCCGAAAUCACGCCUCAGGCCAUCUGCGCUAGACAUGGUCUAUUGGUCGGAGCGAAGAGUAUUUGGAUUAUGAAGAUCGUGAUGGGCAUUUGCGCACCCCUCGCUUGGCCUACAAGCAAGCUCCUGGACUACUUCCUAGGAGAGGAGAUUGGUACCCACUACAACAGAGAGAGACUGAAGGAGUUGGUCAAGGUGACGAACCACGUGAAUGACCUGGACAAAGAGGAAGUGAACAUCAUCUCCGGAGCCUUGGACCUUCGUAAGAAGACCGUGAAGGAUGUCAUGACCAAACUGAAGGACUGCUUCAUGCUGCCCAUGAACAGCGUCCUCGAUUUUGAGACUAUGAGCGAGAUCGUCAAGUCGGGUUACUCCCGCAUACCGGUGUACGAUGGAAGCCGCGGCAACAUCGUCACAGUCCUGUUCAUCAAGGACCUGGCGUUCGUGGACCCCGACGACAACACGCCGCUGCGCACUCUCUGCCAGUACUACCAGAACCCGUGCAACUUCGUAUUUGAGGAUGUUACGCUGGAUGUCAUGUUGAAGCAAUUCAAGGAAGGCCACAAGGGCCACAUGGCAUUCGUACAGCGCAUCGAGGAGGGCGACGGGGACCCGCUCUACGAGACCGUGGGGCUAGUCACCCUGGAGGACGUCAUCGAGGAGAUGAUCCAGGCCGAGAUCGUGGACGAGUCCGACGUCAUCAGCGACAACAGGACUAAGAAGCGUCUGACGCGCCCCGCCAACAAGGUGCAGGACUUAGCCGCCUUCGCCGGCCACCAGCAUCAUCAGAAGGUGCACGUCUCCCCGCAGCUGGUGCUGGCAACCUUCCAGUUCCUCAACACCAGCGUGGACCCGUUCCGUCCCGAGCUGAUCUCAGAGACGGUACUCCGCCGUCUACUGAAGCAGGACGUGAUACAACACAUCAAGCUGCGCGGCGACGAAGACAGGAACGACCCCAAGAGAUACGUCUUCCAGGAGGGAAAACCGGUGGACUACUUCGUCCUGAUCCUGGAGGGACGAGUGGAGGUGACGGUGGGCCGCGAGAACCUCGUGUUCGAGUCCGGUCCGUUCACGUACUUCGGCGUGCAAGCGCUCACGCAGAACAUCGGCGUCGCUGAAGCGCCAGCGCCUUCGUCUCUUGGCUCUCUGCAGAACCUGAACAUGGACUCCAUGCUGCGUCACACCUUCGUUCCCGACUACUCCGUGCGAGCUAUCGCUGAGCUUUACUACCUUACGAUUAAGAGAUCCAUGUACUUGGCAGCCAAACGCGCCACUUUAAUGGAGAAGGGUGCCCUCAACAAGGGCGGCACCAACGAGCAGAUUGAACCUGAAGUGGACAAGCUGCUGCGCGAAGGAGAUGGCCUGAGUGAGAUCACAGAGCGUCCUUCUCAGGUAAGAAAUAUUAUUAUUACUAUCAUAUUAUUAUAAUAAUCAUAACGAAAA